CUGCUCCAAACCUUCUGUAUGUAAGUGGCAAUGAGAAAGAGCAUCUUUUUGGCUGAAAGGAGACAUUUAGAGAGGAUGCUUCUGAUUUUUUGUUUUCAUUUAUUUUUGUCUUCACAGAAUAUAAUCAAAUGAGCCACCUUAGCCAGCCUGGGUGAUUGCUUCGAGUCUUGUAAUAAUCUGUGUAGAAAAGUGGGUAAAAUCAUUCAAUUUCUUUCCUGCUGGACCUGGAAGGAGAGGGGCUGUGUAUUCAUCCCCACCCAUUAGCUAUGCCCUCUUUUCUCUGAAUGUCGAUUUAAGGAAGCAAGCACCUGUCUUCUGCCACCGUAUCUUCCUAGCAAACUUUAAAGGCCAUUUUAUCUGAUAGGAAGAACAUCAAGAAUGCUCUGAUCUCUAGUGAUGAAGAAUCUGGGAAUGGACACUUUUCCCAUCCAGAUACAAUGCACUUUAAUUGAAGAAAAACUGAACUGAACUACAAGUCUAUUUCUUAUGGUGCUGGAUUACUCCUACAGAACUGCCCUGAGAUCAACCGCGAGAGAGGGCUCUGACAGACACAAGUCACCUUCUGAUUAUUGCACUUAGCUCUCCCUGGAGACUUAAAUUUUGGAAGUGUUCCUUUUUACAUGAUACCCUCCAAGAUGAUGAGUUCUAAUCCCGAGGAAGACCCUUUGGACACAUUUCUCCAGUAUAUUGAGGAUAUGGGGAUGAAGGCCUACGAUGGCUUGGUUAUUCAGAAUGCAUCAGACAUUGCUCGAGAGAAUGACCGCUUGAGGAAUGAAACCAACCUGGCCUACUUGAAGGAGAAGAGUGAAAAACGCCGAAGACAAGAAGAAGCAAUAAAACGCAUAGGUGGCGAAGUGGGGCGGGGCCACGAAGGAAGUUACGCGGGCAAACAUUUCCGCAUGGGAUUCAUGACGAUGCCUGCUCCUCAGGACAGACUUCCCCAUCCUUGCUCCAGCGGCUUUUCCGUGAGGUCCCAGUCCCUGCACUCGGUCGGGGGCACAGACGACGACAGCAGCUGUGGCUCCCGCCGGCAGCCGCCGCCCAAGCCCAAGCGGGACCCCAGCACCAAGCUGAGCACAUCGUCGGAGACUGUCAACAGCGCGGUGCCGAGCAAGAGCGGGAAGGCCCCCGAGCGGCCCGAAGUGUCAGCCAAACCCAGACCCCACAGUGAUGAAUAUUCAAAGAAGAUCCCUCCUCCCAAACCCAAACGGAACCCGAACACUCAGCUGAGCACAUCUUUCGAUGAAACGUACAUCAAGAAGCACGGGCCGCGGAGGACGUCGCUCCCACGGGACCCCUCCCUGUCCCUGGUCAGCAGCCCGGCGGGGGACCCGGAGGAGGAGGAGCCCGUGUACAUCGAGAUGGUGGGCAACAUUCUCAGAGACUUCAGGAAGGAGGAGGAUGACCAGAGCGAGGCCGUCUACGAGGAGAUGAAAUACCCCAUCUUUGACGACUUGGGCCAAGAUUCGAAAUGUGACCUUGACCAUCACAGUUGCUCUUCGCAGUGUGCUACUCCCACGGUGCCUGACUCGGACUUCGCCAAGUCCUCAGUGCCAUGUACUCCAAAGGGUGUGCUUUGUGACAUCCCCCCGCCCUUCCCCAACCUGCUCUCUCACCGACCCCCGCUGCUGGUGUUCCCCCCCGCGCCCGUGCAAUGCUCCCCCAAUUCCGACGAGUCUCCGCUCACCCCACUGGAAGUCACCAAGCUGCCCGUGUUGGAAAACGUGUCUUACAUGAAGCAGCAGGCCGGCGCGUCUCCGUCCUCACUGCCCUCUCACGCCUCCGGCCACCCCAAGCUGGACAAAGAGCAGGCCGCCACCCUGGGCCCCAGCCCCGCCGCCCCCGCCCCCGCCCCUGCACUGUCUUCGUCCCCGCCCCCACCGUCCACCCUGUACCGCACGCAGUCCCCCCACGGCUACCCGAAGAGCCACUCGGCCUCCCCUUCGCCCGUCAGCAUGGGGAGGUCCCUGACCCCGCUCAGCCUCAAGCGGCCCCCGCCCUACGACGCUGUGCAUUCAGGCAGCCUCUCCAGGAGCUCUCCAUCAGUGCCUCCUCAUUCGACCGGCAGGCCGGUGUCGCAGGAUGGGGCCAAGAUGGCCAACGCCUCGGUGAACACCUACGGCCCGGCUCCGGGUGCCUCCCGGUCCAGGACCCCCACGAGUCCCUUGGAAGAACUAACCAGCCUCUUUACCUCUGGACGAAGCCUGCUGAGGAAGUCGUCCAGCGGCCGCCGUUCUAAAGACCCCGCAGAGAAAUCGACAGAGGAACUGAAAAUCCGAAGCCACAGCACAGAGCCAUUACCAAAGUUGGACAGCAAAGAGAGAGGGCAUCAUGGGGCUUCUUCCAGAGAGCCUAUCAAAGCUCAGGAAUGGGAUGGAACACCAGGACCGCCUGUGGUCACCAGUAGACUGGGAAGAUGCUCUGUGAGCCCCACCUUGUUAGCAGGAAACCACAGCUCAGAACCGAAAGUAAGCUGCAAAUUAGGCCGGUCUGCCUCCACAUCAGGUGUGCCCCCUCCGUCAGUUACUCCUCUCAGGCCAGCCGGUGACCUGCAACAGAGCCAGGUGGCAUGCAUGCCGUGGUUUCAUGGAGACCAUACAAUGCUUGAGAUGAUUGAGAAAAAGCGUUGCUUGUGCAAGGAAAUAAAAGCUAGACAGAAAACGGAAAAGGGGCUUUGCAAACAGGAUAGCAUGCCUAUCCUGCCCAGCUGGAAGAAGAACGCAGGGGCAAAGAAGUACAGCCCUCCACCCUAUUCUAAGCAGCAAACGGUGUUCUGGGAUACUGCCAUAUGACUGUGCACAGGACGGCCAGGACGGCGGGAGUUCCACAUCACUUUACAUGAAGAGGGAGGUCGACUCAGUCAUGUGAUAAGUAACUGUUACAUAUCUUCUCUGUCGGAAUGGAAUGCCAAUGCUUCCCUGGAAAGCCCACGGGAAGCUGUGCCUACUCAUGGCAAGUUCUUGAUAAAAUGUAUAUUAAUUGUAUCUUUGCAAUUAAGACACUUAUUUAUCCCGGAUUAUUUUGAAUCCAAAAGAUAUUAAGAUGUAAAUAUUUUACUAGUUUAUGGGUGACACCUGAAAUAAUACACAUUAUACGUAUAUAAAUUACAGAAAUAUCAAGAGUUUUACUAGAUGAUAUAAUUUCGGUAUUAACUGGUUUGUUAUCUCUUUUAUAUGUAAUCCCUUGAUGCCUUUUAUUAUUAAUUUUUGCAUUUAAGAUGUUAUUAUUUUUUUUUUCUGUCCACAUUUGGCUUCUGUAUGAGAGCUCACAGCUGUAAAUCAUGUUCAAUCACAUAAUAUAUGACCUGGUGCUAGUAAUGUAGAAGUCAAGUAUCAUAUUCGUUAAGAACGUCUGUUGCUUUGUAAGUUUUUAAGGGUUUGACCGGAAAAGAAUGCAAAUGUGAUGCAUAAUUUGGACGUCCACAUUACAUCAACACCAAUAUUUUUGCUACAUUGGCUUUAUAAGAAUUUCUCUUCAAUAUUGUCUUGUUUAUACUAAGCAAUGGUUAGUCAGACUCCAGAGAAAGUUAUUAGGAUAUAUUUGGAUAUCCCAGCAGAAAACAUUUCCUUCAGAAAUGACUUUCAGGACAUGUGUCCUUGCAUCAUGGAUCUGAUUGGAGGAGACCAGGGUUCACUGUGACAAUGGAAGGAACAAGGAAUCGAAAGCUUAAAUAGCACGACUGCUUUCAAGAAAGGGGUACCAGUGGCUUUAUAACCACUGCCAUCACUAUUUUUAAGUAACUUUUCACGUGUAUGUUUGUUUCCCCUAGAAAAUGAGAAAUAAAUAUUCAGACUGAUACGUUUACAUAUUUUAGUACACUAAACGCCAAUCUUUUGCAAAAUUUAGGUCCAUUAAUGAAUUAGAAUUUCUUAAGUUUUUCAAACUUGUUAUCACCACAUUUUUGGGUCGCAAUCUUCUGUGCAUGACCAUCACAUCCAUUCUUACUGAUUCUGACACCAUGACCAAAGAAUUAUGACCACUUGUUUAUUUUAUUUUGUUUCAAGGAAGAAACAGGAAAUGCAGGGGCUAGGGGAUGGAUGGGGUGGCUUCGAUUUUAUGUGGUGGUAAAAUUUAAGUUAAACAAAUUCCUAUAUAUCUUUUAAGAAUAACUUGUUAGUUACAUAUAAAUAUUGCCACGGAUGGAUAAAAAGGAAACUAUCUCAUAUAUUUUGUAUAUUUAAAUUACUAUUUAUGCUUCCUAAAAUUGACAGUAUGUGAUUCUUCUUUAACAAUCAAUUUAGUAUUAUAUUUCUGAGAGAAAAGGUAUGUGUUUGAAGUUAUUGUCAUAGUGGUUUUCCUUGUAAGGGUUUUGACAGCAAUAGUACAGUGCUGCUCGAUAAAACCAAAUAUAAAGGAGUGAGGGGAUUUUUGUAAUCUCUAUUGCUAAAAACCUAGUGAUGCUUUAUCAGUAAUAGUUCGUUUCAAGCCUUUGAAAUGUUAAAAAGUAAUUUUCUAAUCUUUUAUAAUCAAUGUAUAUUUUGAUGUCCAAUUAGAAUUCUGAAAGAAUAAGGGAAAAGGGUAAGUGGGAGCAUGUGUAUCUGUUGUUUUUGCGUGAAUGAGUAUUCAGCAGGAGAACUGUAUACAUAAAACGUUUACUGAGGUUUUAGGUUUUGCUUGUAUAACUGAGGUGGUUAAAAUAAAAGAAGAAGAAGAAGAAGCGGAUCACAAGUACAGGAAAUCAUGGAGAGAUCUUAAGUAGCUUAAGUAAAUCCUACUGCCAUAUUUCACCAGUUAGAGAUUAUGUUUCAAACCCAACAAUCAAUGGAGUACCAAUCUAAGAGUGAUGAAGAUGUAUUAAGAUAAAAUCAGUAUGGAAAUAAAAUGUUAGCUUAAUUUAACUACUUAUGACCACAUAUACUCGAGUCAGUCAAUCGGGUAGAAGACAUCAAUUCUCAGCAUCUUUAUGAUGAUCUGGGUGUAUGUAUAUGUAUAUUCAGGCUCGGUAUGGUAAUGAUUGGAUAAUUCCUUUGAAAUUUAUAUUUCAGUAACAUAUCUAAGUGUGUUUUUCAGAUGCCAAUCUUUUCCCAUAUCUCUCUGAAUGAGGCAGAAGAUAUUUUUUAAUGCUGGCCACUUGUCAAGAAGGAAACAGAGGUACUGAAAUGACUUGUGUUGGAUUCAGUCAUUCCCAUUUGUUCUGCCAAACUCAUGUUGCUGCCAGGUUUCAUGCACUCUUUUUUUCAAGCAAGUUAUUUUCUGAGAAGGCAGCUUGUUUGAAAAUCUGACCUUAGGCAACCGUUUCUGUUUAAUUUCUCCAAAUCUUCCUUUCAAUGGGGAGUCAUUGAAAGAUCUGGGAAAGCUGCUUCACUGAUGUUUGACUCAAUAACGUUUCUUGGGUGCCUAACCCACUGUUCAUUGCGGCUUCACUGACGUGGCGAGUUCCAUUCUAUCAUUCGUUUUCUUUUUGUGUUGUUUUUCUUUAUGUGGAGAAAAGGUCAUUAGGAUAGAGGAGGAAAAUCAGCGUAUUCUCUGGGGGCAGUCAAUCAGGACACGUCAGUUGUGAAUUUGGUCGGAUGAUAAAACAUUCCAUUGACAGAACACUCUGGAAAGAUAAAGCCCAUAUUUUUUAUCAGUGCCAAAGAAUAAAUGGUAUCAUGGCAUGGUUAUCAGGUGGGAAGAGCCCAUACGUAUGAGAAAUGGUCUUUUCCCGACAGCUUUUACAGAAACAGAAUUUUAUUGGCUGUCAGCAAGAUGCUUUUCUAUGGGAAAAACUUCUUAGCACACAAGAGACAAAUUUCUUUAGAAUAGAUGGGAAGGAGAUUCUGCAUUUCUGUUCAGUGCCAGAAGCCAGCACCUUCUGAGCUGUUACGGUAGGUCUUCAUGUGAACACUGCUGUUCCUUUCCCCGUAUUCAUGCCGUGGGAGCAUGUCUGGAGUGAGUGAUCAAUUUGUGUAAGUGAAGGUUAAUGAUCACCCAUACAAAAUAUUUGGGAAAGUGAAGCAAAACAAAACAUGAAGAGGUUCACAUUUGCAGUUUUAAAGAAUAUACACAUUCCAAUAUCUGGAAAUUGUCUGGAUAUAAGGAGAUACAACUUCCCUUUUCAAGAUCGUGACACUAGGACUUCAAACAUGGAGGUUCCAAAUCAUUUUCUUGAAUGCUUCUAGAGAAUAGAGAAACAGUUUUCUUACUAUACUCUGGCUUAGGCCUCAUCCUCACAUAUAAUUUGAUUUGACUCUUUGAGCAAGUUUAGGAAUCUAGUCAAUAAAACUAAACAACACUUUCAGGUUAGUGUUUUAACUAACUAAAUAAGACAUCAGAACAAUGCACAUUGACAAUGCAAUUUUAAUCACUUAUAUGUUAAAGUGAGUCACCUCCCUAAAAUAGAAAAGAGCUUGUAAGCUAAUUAUGGCUACCUAUGAAAUUAAAAAAAUAAAAAUUCCUGUGAUUUAAGCAGUAGGUAAUCUGAGAUGAGAGACAGUUUACCCUUUCAAAGGAAAAGAAGUACAAUAGAAUAACAAAUCCUACUUCGUUGUGCUCCAAAUUUAAAUGGAACUGAAAAAAAACAGUACCUAUAAUAUUUAAGAUUAACUCACUACAUCUUCCCUCAAUAGGAGAAUAGAUAGCUAAUUGUAGGAUGUGGACAAUUUAUUAAUUUAUUAUUAACAGUUCAUCGUUGAGAAACUUAUCUAUUAGUUGUUUUUCAAAAUUCUGUAAAGCACUGGAAUUAAAUAUUCAAAAAGAUAUGGUCCCUGCCUUUAAGGAGCUUAAUUAUGCAAUCAUUAAAAUUUCAAAACAAAGCCAAUUAUUUCUAAGCAGUUAUACAAUAUCACGUGUUUGACAUCUCUUAUGUGUUUAUAUAUGGUAUUCUCUCUUUUUUUCCAGAUCAAGUGUACAGUCAAAAUAAAAUACUAAAACAUAUUAAAGUUAAUGUCUAAGUAUAAAAUAUGUUUAUGUAUAAGACUCUAUAUGUACACAUAGGAUAUGUACUGAUGUCUACGUAACUCAGUAAAAGGAUAACACGUUUGCCAUGUUGGACUUGAACAUUGUGGCUUGUUGUUUGGAUUGAUUUAAAACCCUUUGAUAUUUGGGUCAAUUACAUUGUAGCAAAAUGUGUGUAACCUGAAAAAAAAGUCUGAUUAUACUUCCCUUUAAAUAUUACAAAGUUUCAAAUUUAAGGGGGAACACCUUUACAGAAAUAGUGUUGGAUUUAACCUCUAUCAAAUAUAGAUGAAGAUCUUUUUGAAGUGCUCAAUUGUUCCCAAAUAUGACUGGGUUGCCCACCCUAAAAACAUCUACAUUUACAUGUGUAUACACCCACAUACAGUAUACAUACUGUAUAUAAUAUAUAUGAAAAUGUUUAGUAUGCACUUCUUUUGUUUGGAACUCCUUGAGUUAACAUUUAUAGUGUAGCAAUUGGUGUAAAGUGCACUGUGAUUAUAAAAAACAAAGCACAGUAAAGUCACAGGUCUUGUUAUCUUGCACUAAAAAUGUGUUUACGUAUUUAGCAAUUGUACGUUUACUUUCUUGCUCUUUUCAAGAAAUUAAAACAAAUAGCUAUUGAAGAAAUGAUAUAAAAUAAUAUGUUUUUUAGUGGAUAAUGGCACUACAUUUUUAAAAGACAGGGUUUUUAAAAGAAACCAUUUAACAUCCAUUCCAACAUAACAUGUUUACCGUAUCUAAGAAUCUGAAUGUCAUAUUACAUUUUUCAUAACUCAUUAAAAAUGUCAGGUAUGUGCCUGAAAAUUUGUGCAAAUAAGCAUUAGCUAACAGAUUUCUCUAUUCACGUGUUGUUAGCCAUUUCUAUAUACAUAAUAAUGUAAACACUGAUGUUUUAAUUUCUCUUAAUUUUUGUACUUGAUUUUUUUAGGUAACAUGUAAUUAUAAAUGUACUUUGAUACUACUGAAGUAACCAGAUGUUGUUUGAAAACAAUUUGUUUUCUUUAGUGCAUUGGCAAUAUUUUACAAUACUUUUGUGCUUAUUUAUUUGUGCUCCCGUGUAAUUAUAAU